AUUACAGGUGCUUCCAUCACUGAGUUCGAUGCUGCCAGUCGCGUUGCUCUCCCUUCUCGCGUUGUCGGUAUCUGGUGGAAACGUAUCAUGGGCUCCAGUCUCUAGCAAUUCUCUCUCUGCCCUUGCAGUCGUCCGUCCGCCAGACAAGUGUCCUCCCUGCUUCAACUGUCUACUACCUGCAUUUAACUGCGGUCAAUAUGGCAACUGUGACCCAUAUGACGGGCAGUGUAAAUGUCCAGCAGGAUGGGGAGGCAUUGACUGCCUGAUUCCUCAAUGCGACUCGUUGGCCGACGGCGAGUAUCGCAGACUACGCGAGGACGGCAAGUCAUGCGAGUGCAAAGAUGGUUGGGGAGGAAUCAAUUGCAAUGUUUGUAAGACUGACCAAGCUUGUGUCGGGUUUCCUCUCGCAGGGGAACCAUCAAGUGCGUUCGAUGAAGAAGCGACCAACAUGACGUGCUAUACAGGCGGAGAGACUGUAUUCAACAACCAUCAGAUGUGCGAUGUAACUAACCGAAAGAUCAUUGACCAGUUGCCUGGGCGGCCUCCUCAAGUGACUUUCAGCUGUGAUAAGCCGUCGGCAACUUGUUCUUUCCAGUUUUGGACGGCCCAAGUGGAAUCAUUCUACUGUUCUUUGGACCAUUGUUCCUCUGAGAGUCAACCUGGCUACGAUGUCAACGCGACUGUCUACGCGUGCGAAAACAUCAAAUGUAGCUGUGUUCCCGGUCGUUUCAUUUGCGGAGAGGACGGAAGUAUUGAUAUCAGCGACUUUUUGACCGAGUCCAUCAAGGGACCAGCAUCGUUCAGCUGCAAGACACGCGAGGGCUGUAAAUUUGAAGAACCAGCCAUGAAUGAUCUAAUUCUGAGUGUGUUCGGUGACCCUUAUAUCACACUUCAGUGUGAAGGAGGUGAAUGCCUUCACUAUUCCCAGGUGCCUGGCUAUGUACGUCCCCCGAAACCUGACAAUACGCGCUGGGUAGCUCUCAGUGCUGCGGGUGCCGGUAUGAUCGUCGUGCUAACCUCUGCAAUUCUGUGGUACGCAGGCCGAGCCGGAACCGGGGAAUUUGGUCAAAUACGUCUUCCAGACAAUGAAGCAUCUAAGUUGAUGGCCGAGCAUGUUCCCGCUUCCUUGCACUUUUCGUCGCUCCAGUACAGUAUUGGAUCCCGUAUCAUCCUUGAUGAUAUCACGGGUUCCGUAAGACCUGGUCAAGUCAUGGCUAUCAUGGGCGCUUCUGGUGCAGGAAAAUCAACUUUGCUUGAUAUCCUUGCCCGUAAGAACAAACGGGGAUCAGUGGGGGGUGUCACACUUGUGAAUGGCAGGAAGGUGGCUGAUGCCGAAUUCAAGAGUGUAACCGGUUUUGUGGACCAAGAAGAUACGCUCAUGAGCACACUGACAGUGUAUGAGACGGUGCUAUACAGCGCCUUGUUGCGAUUACCCAGAGAUAUGAGUUUCGAGGCCAAGAAGUUUAGAACACUAGAGACCUUGAACGAGCUUGGGAUUCUCAAGAUAAAAGACAUGAGAAUCGGUGAUAGCGGUCGGCGAUCUAUCUCUGGAGGCGAGAAAAGGCGGGUUUCAAUUGCUUGUGAAUUGGUUACGAGCCCUUCGAUUCUAUUUUUGGACGAACCGACUAGUGGUUUGGACGCCUUCAAUGCCUUCAAUGUUAUAGACAGCCUGGUCUCACUUGCCAAGGACUAUAACCGCACUGUCGUAUUUACGAUCCAUCAACCUCGCAGCAAUAUCGUGGCUCUUUUCGAUCAGCUGGUCGUUCUUGCUAUGGGAAAACUGGUUUACUCGGGCGAGUUCUCCAAAUGCCAAGAUUAUUUCGCCGGCAUUGGACGUCCUUGUCCACCUGGUUUCAACAUAGCCGACUUCCUCAUCGACUUGACAAUGCAUGCAAGCAUGACUAGCACUCCAAGAAGUGACUCGCCGUCAAUAGAACCCAGCUCGCCGACAGAAGAUACGAGCAACUUGGGAGAUGAGGAACGCGGUCUAAGGCGUCAAACCGUGCCGUUAUCUGUCCGUUCUCACCCCUCUUCCUCUACCAAUUCUCCGCCAGGGGAUGAGACUGAGCUACAGACUCGCCCAAACUCUAUCAGUUCCUCUACAGGUGCCUACAUCAAGCGCAAGACCUCUCAGCUCUUUGAAGCCGUCUCUGGAACACCUAGACCGGGCAAUGAACCGCUAGCUCCCAAACUUCUUGCCCUCGUGGACGCGUAUGCUCAGAGCAGCAUUGCCGCCGAUAUCAAGGCAGAGAUUGAUCAGGUCCAUCAGGGCGCAGAGAAUGGAAACAGCUCGAAUGGCAGUGGGGACGAGCUUCCUGAUGUCGUGUUCGAGACUUCCCUACUCAGAGGUCGGAAACGUGCGAGUUGGGGUACUCAGUUUAGGAUCUUGAGCGGCCGUGCAUUUAAAAACUUGUACCGGGAUCCCGCUCUUCUGGCUUCCCAUUACUUGGCUUCGAUUGCUUUAGCUCUGAUCUGUGGCUUGUUCUUCCAUAAUGUCACGAAUGAUAUUGCAGGAUUCCAAAAUAGACUGGGGCUGUUCUUUUUCACAUUGUCCCUUUUUGGGUUCUCCUGUCUGUCAAGUUUGGGGUUAUUCGCUAACGAGCGGAUUUUGUUUAUGCGGGAAAGGUCAAAUGGAUAUUACUCGACAUUUACCUAUUUCUCUUCUAAGGUGUUGUUCGACAUUCUGCCCUUACGUGUGGUCCCUCCCCUUAUGUUCGGUGGGAUUGUCUACGGACUUGCCGGACUGGUCCCGACUGUUGCCGGCUUUUGGAAGUUCAUGCUUACUUUGGUGUUGUUUAAUCUUACCACGGCCAGCGUUGUGCUUUUGCUCUCGAUUGCCUAUUCGAAUACCAGUGUUGCUAGCCUAGUCGGCACGCUAGUGAUGUUAUUCAACUUACUGUUCGCGGGUCUCUUGAUCAGUAGGGAGCACAUCAUCCCCGCUUUGGAAUUCUUAUACUACAUCUCAUUCUUCCACGCUGCCUUCGAAGCGCUCGCUGUCAACGAGUUGCGUUACCUAUCAUUGAAGGAAGUCAAGUACGGAGUGGAGUUGGAUGUUCCUGCUUCAAUGAUUCUAUCCGUCUUUGGCCUGAAAGCUCAGGCGUUCUGGUGGCCUAACAUCGCACUUCUCGGUAUCUUCUUCGCUUUCUUCACUGUAGCAAGUUACAUCACGCUUCAUAUCUUCGUUAAAGAGAAGCGGUAGCUUUUAUCCACACCAUAGUAUGUACAUGAAUAUGUAUUUUCGCCUACACACAUACAUGAUAUGAUAUUCCAUC